GGUCGCAUAUCUGCUUGUGCUUCAGCUUCUGAUUCUCAUCAACACUUCCUGCCACAAUGGAGAACAUUAUCGACAAGUUUGAGUCCGUUCUCGGUGUCGGCCCCCAUCAUGGAAAAUCAGUCUUGCUUCUCGGCGCUGGUUUCGUCACCCGCCCAACUGCUGAGAUCCUCGGGAACUCCGGCGUCAAGGUUGUUGUAGCCUGCCGUACGCUGGAACGUGCGAAGGGUCUCGCCAGUGGUAUCAAGAAUGCCGUGGCCAUCAGCCUCGACGUCAACAAUGCCGCUGCGCUCGACGCCGAAGUAGAGAAGGUCGACUGCGUCAUCAGCUUGAUCCCCUAUACAUACCACGCCACCGUCAUCAAGUCCGCCAUCCGCAAGAAGAAGAAUGUGGUCACAACCUCCUACGUCUCGCCCGCGAUGAUGGAACUCGACAAGGAGGCCAAGGAGGCCGGCAUAACGGUCAUGAAUGAGAUUGGUCUCGAUCCCGGAAUCGAUCACCUUUCUGCUGUCUUGACCAUCGACGAGGUGCACAAGGCCGGCGGCAAGAUUCUCUCCUUCCUGUCCUACUGUGGUGGUCUGCCGGCUCCCGAGGACUCCGACAACCCGCUUGGAUACAAGUUCUCGUGGAGCUCGCGCGGUGUGCUUCUCGCACUAAGGAACGCAGCCAAGUUUUACAAGGACGGCAAGGUCGUCGAGGUUGAGGGACCCGAACUCAUGGCCGAGGCGAAGCCUUACUUCAUCUACCCCGGCUACGCUUUCGUUGCAUACCCCAACCGUGACUCCACCCCGUACAAAGAGCGCUACAACAUCCCCGAGGCCCAGACCAUCAUCCGCGGCACCCUCCGCUACCAGGGUUUCCCCGAGUACAUCAAGGCCCUCGUGGACAUUGGUUUCCUCUCCGAAGAGCCCAAGGACUUCCUUAAGGAAGGCGAGAAGCGUACCUGGAAGGACGCCACGGCGAAGAUUGUCGGCGCCACCAGCGACAAGGAAGAAGACAUCGUCUGGGCCAUCAGCUCGCGCACCAAGUUCAAGGACAACGACGAGAAGAACCGCAUCCUGGACGGCCUCCGCUGGAUCGGCCUCUUCUCCGACCAACCCAUCAUUCCCCGCGGCAACCCGCUCGAUACCCUGUGCGCGACGCUCGAGGAGAAGAUGCAGUACCAGGAGGGCGAACGUGACUUUGUCAUGCUGCAGCACAAGUUCCUCAUUGAGAACAAGGACGGCAGCAGGGAGACGAGGACGUCGACGCUGGCCGAGUAUGGUGACCCCAAGGGAUACAGUGCCAUGGCCAAGUUGGUCGGUGUCCCGUGUGCGGUUGCUGUGCAGCAGGUGCUUGAUGGCACCAUCAGUGAGAAGGGCAUCCUGGCUCCGAUGUCGCCUGAGAUUUGCAGGCCGUUGAUGAAGACGCUUACGGAGAAGUACGGCAUUCAGUUCAAGGAGAAGACGAUCAAAUAAGCAAUGAGCGUUUGAGGCGGCAAAAAAGACCGUUCGACAGGAAAAAAGACGCAUAUAGACAAAAGCCCCAGAUAUCAUGAAUUGGACCGGGCGUUCCGCCAUACAUCCCAAAAUCG